AAGAGGAACAAAGUUAGAAAGAGAGAAGAGAGGUAGAAGAUGAAGGUGCAGGAGAGUUUGUUCUUGGUGGCUUUUUUCUCCUUUGCGUAUGCGCAGCUGGUCAAGGGGCAACAUCAACCUCCCGAGGAUUGCCAAACUAAAUGUGGCAACAUCAAAAUCGAGUACCCUUUUGGCAUUUCUUCAGGUUGUUACUAUCCCGGAAAUGAAAGUUUCAGUAUCACCUGUAAGGAAGAUAGGCCACAUGUCUUAAGCGACAUUGAAGUGACAAACUUUAAUCACAGCGGCCAGCUACAAGUUCUGCUUAAUCGAUCAUCUACUUGCUACGACGAGCAAGGAAAUGAAACUAUGUCAGAUUACAGAUCUCUUACACUGGAUAAUUUAUCUCUUUCCGGCAACAACAAGUUAACUGCAGUAGGCUGUAACGCCUUCGCACUUCUGGCCACUUUUGGAAUGCAAAAUUACUCAACUGGAUGCAUGUCAUUAUGCGAUUCUCCCCCGGAGGCUAAUGGAGAAUGUGAUGGUAGAGGUUGCUGCAGAACGGAUGUUUCUCUCCCGUUGGAUAGCUAUGAAUUCCAAUUUGGCUCACGUCGCUUCCUGCACCAGACUUCUUUUCACCACUUUAGUACUUGCACCUACGCUUUUCUCGUUGAAGAUGAUAAGUUCAACUUCAGUUCUUCAGAAGAUCUGAAGAAUCUGCGAAAUGUCAUGAGGUUCCCUGUGUUACUAGAUUGGUCUAUUGGAAAUCAGACAUGCGAGCAAGUUGGAAGCACAAGCAUAUGCGGUGGGAACAGCACUUGUUUCGAUUCGACUACUAGAACCGGGUAUGUCUGCAGAUGUUAUGAAGGUUUUGAUGGGAACCCAUACCUUUCACCUGGUUGCCAAGACGUCAAUGAGUGUACUACUAGUAGCACUAUAUAUAAACAUAACUGUUCGGACCCCAACACCUGUAGAAACAAGGUUGGAGGCUUCUAUUGUAAGUGCCAAUCUGGUUACCGCUUAGAUACCACCACUAUGAGCUGCAAGCGUAAAGAGUUUGGAUGGCCUAUGAUUCUUCUUGGUAAGCUUCCCUCCUGAUUCUGGACUUACUGUUUCUCAUAUCA